ACGCCUAUAUACAUGUAAGAGUACGAUUGCGUUUUGAAAGCCCCUAGUAGAAAACAAAGCGACAUCUUGUCCAUCUUGCAAAGCUCUCCCAAAACAUUUAACUAUCUGUUUUUGUGUAACACUCACCGACGAUUUUAAUCGCUUUCGUUUACGGAGAAUCGGGUAAUCUGAUUUAUCUUUGUGAUAAAUUACUUAGCUAGCAGUGUAUCCUAAAAUGGCGACAACAGACGAAUCGCGAUAUUACAGCGAACAUGAUGAUCGUGUUGGAGGACCCAAGCAUCGGCACAGGAAAGGCAGGGGACCAUUCAGGGCACCUCUGUAUAGUGACCAGAUGUCAAAGCCGAGGCAUCGGGGAGGGCAUGGAGGAGGCGGAGGGCCUAGUCCUAGAUUGAGAUUUGAGGAUGACGAUGGGGAUGUAGCCAUGGCAGAUGAUUCUCAUGAUAUUGGAUUGCAACGGAGAUUCAAUCCUUACGGGCGGCCCCAGAAUCGGCGCGAGGGCCGUAGGGGAGGAAGGGAGACUGGAGGAGAUGCUGGAUCUCACCGGGGUCGAGGAGGCAGAGGAGGCAGUGAAGGAACAGGAGGAGGAGGAGGGGCAGGAGGGGGAGGUGGAGGUCGCAAAAACUGGUUCAAGAUGACUAUUCCCCAUGGGAAAAAAUAUGAGAAACAAUGGCUUCUCUCAGCACUUCAGAGCAUCUGUUCAGUGCCAUUCCACGCUGUGCAUUAUCAUACAGAUGGCAACAGAGCACAGUUCUACAUUGAUGACUCUACAACAGCAAAUGCUUUGGUCAAAGUUUCAAGAAAAAUCACAGACAAAGAGGGAUACAAGGUAACGGUCUUGAUGAAUUCCUGUCCACCGCCAAGCUUAAUUCACCAGGACCUAAAGCCUGAGGAUCUUGAGCAUCUGAAGCAAUGCAUGUCCAAGCGUUUUGAUGGUUCACAACAGGCCCUUGAUUUGAACAACAUAAGAGUGGACCCAGAUCUGGUGUCUCAGAAUAUUGAGGUGGCAUUGAACAGGAAAAACUCCAUGCAGGCAGUCAUCAAGAUAAUUGAAGAUAACAUUCCUGAGCUGGUUUGUUUAAACCUAAGCAACAACAGGUUAUACAAGCUUGAUGACCUCGCUGAUGUUGUCAACAAAGUCCCCAAUCUGAAGAUUCUGAACCUCUCACACAACGAGUUAAAGACGGAGCGCGAGCUGGACAAACUGAAGGGACUGAAGCUGGCGGAGCUGUCGCUGGAGAGGAACCCCCUGUGUGACCAUUUUAAGGACCAGGCCGACUACAUUAGUGCCAUACGGGAGAGGUUCCCCAGACUGCUCAAACUGGAUGGACAUGAUCUUCCUCCACCCAUUGGCUUUGAUCUGGAGGUUGCUCCUCCAGGUCUCCCCUCAUGCAAGCCUAGUUACUUCUGCUCAGAAGAACUCAAGAUCCUCAUCUCGUGCUUCUUGCAACAAUAUUACACUAUAUAUGACUCGGCAGACAGGCAGCCUCUACUUAAUGCCUAUCACGAUGGAGCAACGUUCUCACUCAUCAUCCCCUUCUCAAUACAGAACCCUUCCAAAUGCAGUUUAGGAGAGUACCAGAAGGACAGCCGCAACAUCAAGCGGGUGAAAGAUUCCACAACACGGUUUCGCUUGCUGAAGCACACGCGUCUGAAUGUGGUUGCGUUCCUAAAUGAGCUUCCCAAGACCCACCACGAUAUUGCCUCAUUUAAUGUCGACGUGAACACCUACACUAACACGCUGUUGUCGUUCACUGUAAGUGGAGUGUUCAAAGAAGUGGACGGUAAAUCCCGAGACUCUUGCAGAGCGUUCUCUCGGGUGUUCAUUGCCGUCUCUGCUGGGAAUGGAACGCUGUGCAUCGUGAACGACGAGAUGUUUAUCCGUAACGCCACGACGGAGGAGAUUCGGCGGGCGUUUGUGGCCCCAGCCCCCACUCCCUCCAGCAGCCCCGUGCCCACGCUCUCUGCUCCACAACAGGAAAUGCUCUCUGCUUUCUCCCAGAAGUCUGGCAUGAACCUAGAGUGGUCUCAGAAGUGCCUGCAAGACAACGACUGGGAUUUUGACAGAGCUGCUCAGAUUUUCACAGACCUUAAGGUGCAAGGAACAAUCCCAGAAGUCGCUUUCAUAAAGUGAAACUUUUUUCCCUCCCUCUUUUUUUUAAUGUUUGGUUCUAAUGUUUUGUUCGUUUUGUUCUUCACGCCGUGGCUUUGACUUUGUGUUUAUAGCUGAUGUAAUUAUUAAAAUACCAAUUUAAUUA